CGCGUCCCUGCGCCUUGGACAGAAGCUUGGGGAUGCCUGCUAGCUGAGCACAAACCCACUCCCAGUUUGCCGUGAAACUGUGACAAGGAAUAACCCUGUCUUUUUUUUAUUGGGAAGAAAAAAUCCACUGCCAGUAAGCCCAUGCUCUGUGAGCUUUCUCCACCGCCUACACCAGUCACAGGACUCUCUCAGGAUGCUGUCGAGCAGCCCACACAUCGGGCACAAAGUGGCAGUCUGUGGGAUUUUUCUCUCCUUCCUUUCCAUCAGUGUUGUUCCAGCUGAAUCAGCUGAACAGAACCACAGUGGCAUGCAUGUCCCUCACAACAAUAAGCUGGACCUGCGGGAGAUAGUGUUUGUUGUCCAGAGUCAAAGGAACUCCUUCCACGUGAGGCAGGCGGAAGAGCGGAGAGCAGAUUUACUGAAGCAGGUGCAUGGUCUGACAGAGAAGCCACCUGCGGUGUUGCUUCUUCACACUUUAUCAGACAAUGAAGGUGAUUGGAGCAUUCUUCCUCUUCUGCCUUAUUUGUCCCGCUCUUUUGGGAAAAACUCAUCCUGGAUUGUAUUUCUUGAGGAGGAAACAAAUGUGAAGAUAAUUACUCUUCUUCAAGUCCUGGCAAAAUUUCCCAAAAAUAAGGAGUGGUUUCUCGGCAAGCCUCUGCAUGAUGAAGAGUCGACCAUCAUUCAUCACUACGCCUUUGCAGAAAAUCCCUCAAUCUUUAAAUAUCCAGACUUUGCUGCUGCUUGGGCCUUAAGCAUGCCGCUAGUUGUUCGGCUUGCCAACAAAGUGAGAGAUGAGCCACUGAAAUCUGACUUCACUAUUGACCUAAAACAUGAGAUUGCUUUGUAUAUCUGGGACGGUGGGAACGGACCCCACCUCACUGCUGUUCCUGAAUUGUGUACGGACCCAGAGGGCUCUCUUAAUGCUCAGUAUUGUGCAACCACUUUAAGAAAAGACCCUCCACUGUGUGAGGAGCCUGUGAAAAAAGAAGACAUAUUUGUUGCUGUGAAAACCUGCAGAAAGUUUCACAGUGAACGAGUUCCAGUAAUAAAGAAGACUUGGGAAAAGGAUGCCUUAUUUUUAGAGUACUACAGCGACCACGCCGAGCCUUCCAUACCAACCAUUAAUUUAGGAGUGCCAAACACUGAGAGAGGUCAUUGUGGGAAAACAUUUGCAAUCCUUCAGCGAUUCCUGAGCAGCGCUGUGCCUGACACCAAGUGGCUUGUUAUUGUGGAUGAUGACACACUCAUCAGCCUCCCCCGACUACGAAUCCUGCUGAGCUGCUACGACCCCUCCGCGCCGGUGUGCCUCGGAGAGAGAUACGGCUACGGACUGAGCCAAGGUGGCUACAGUUACAUCACAGGAGGUGGAGGCAUGGUGUUCAGCAGGGAGGCUGUGGUCCGACUUCUUAACAGCGGCUGCAAGUGCUACAGUAACGAUGCGCCUGAUGACAUGGUGCUGGGAAUGUGCCUCAAUGCUCUCGGGCUUCCCAUCACACACAGUCCACUAUUUCACCAGGCGCGCCCAGAGGACUACUCCAAGGACCUCUUAGCUCACCAGGUGCCUAUAUCCUUCCAUAAACACUGGAACAUAGACCCUGUUGCUGUUUUCAAUAAGUGGUUAAGGGAUGACUGGAGAACAAAUACCUCAGAUGAACAUAAUGAGAAGAGUAAAACAGAGUUAUGAUAAAAACCCUUCUAACCUGUUAAAACAUGUAUGUAUAGAAUGUGUUUGUAUUAUUAAAGGGUGCCAGUUCACAGAUGUAAAUGUUUUUCUAUUGUUACUGUGAAUUAUUAUUAUUACUAUUAUUAUUAAGAAAAAACAUGUG